AUGGCAGAUCUGCUACCCCAAGACGCACUUUCGUGCGUGGUCAGCGCAUGGGCCAACGUGUCCGAGGCGGUAUGUAGCGCACCUAUCGUGUCCGACGCGUUGGCCGCCCUUCCCUUCGGUGUGCCGACCAAGUUCCUGGCCGUGGCCGGCGUCGCAGCACUCAGCUACUAUGUGGACCAAAGGCUGUUAAUCUCGUCGGACUUGUACCACUCGGGCAUGCAGGCUGUGGCGCUACUGCAGGCCAAACGCCACGCGCGCAAUGGGUCACUAAUACCGGAUCUGUUCGAGCAGAGCGUGGCGAAGUGGCCUCACAAGGCCUGCAUGCAGUUCGGCCAGCGUGCUCUGAGCUUCCAGCAGGUGGACGAGGCGGCCAACCGCGUGGCCCACUGGGGCUUACAGCAGAACUUGCAGGCCGGCCAGACCGUGGCCCUGCUCAUGGAGAACCGGCCCGAGUUUGUGAUUGUGUGGCUCGGCCUGUCCAAGAUCGGCGUCGUCACGGCGCUACUCAACACACACUUGCAGGCCGACGGACUCGUCCAUUGCGCAAAAAUCGCAGACACCAAGUGGAUGAUCGUGGGCCAGGAGCUGGCCGGAAAGCUGGCGGAGGUGGCCAACGCAUUGGCCGAUUUUGACUUCCACAUCUACGGCGACGGAGAACUGACAGCGCAGGCCGCGGCCGAAUACCUGCCUCGAGCUCACUCGAUGGACGAGAAACUGAAGAAAAUGCCGACAGAGCGGCCGCCCGAGUCGAUUCGGCGCAAGAUGACGACUUCCGACAUGGCCCUACUGAUCUACACGAGCGGGACGACGGGCCUACCGAAGGCCGCGAGGGUGAACCACUUCAGUAUCAUCCUGCGCUCUUUGGCCUUCAAGUAUUCCAUGCACCUGUCCAUGUAUGAUCGACUGUACUGUGCACUGCCACUGUACCACACCUCAGGAGGCAACCUGGCCGUAGGAAUGAUGAUCUUUUCCGGUGCAACCUUGUGUCUAUCGCGUCGCUUCUCAACGACCAAGUUCUGGGACGAAGUGCGGGCUUACGACUGCACUGUGAUCCAGUAUAUCGGCGAGAUGUGUCGCUACCUGCUCAAUGCCCCGGCCAAGGCCAACGACAAGGAGAACCACGUGCGUGCAGCUUUUGGAAACGGGCUACGUCCGGAUAUUUGGGCCCCAUUCCAAGAGCGGUUCGGUAUCCCGUCGGUAUACGAGUUUUACGGCUCGACGGAGGGGCCGAUGGGCAUGUUAAAUGCCUGCACGACCAAGGCCGACCAGGGCCAUCUCGGCCGACGUGGCUUCAUCAAUAACGCAGUCACGGGGGUGGCCAUCGUCAAGUACGACGUGGAGAGAGACGACUAUGUCCGCUCGAAGAAGGGAUUUCUGCAGCAAUGUGCCGUUAACGAGCCUGGGGAGCUCAUCGUCAAGGUGAGCAGGAAAGACCCGGCCAGAGGUUUCCAGGGCUACUACAAGAACACGAACGAGUCGAGCAAGAAGGUGCUGACCGAUGUAUUCAAGAAAGGGGACACGUAUUUCCGGACAGGUGAUCUGUUCAAAGAAGACGAGCGACACUGCUGGCACUUCGUCGACCGGGUGGGCGACACGUUCCGCUGGAAGGGAGAGAACGUGGCCACGAACGAAGUGGCCGAGGCGGUGUCCAAGUUCUCGGGACUCAGUGAGAUUUGCAUCUAUGGAGUGCAAGUGCCCGGGAACGAAGGACGCGCGUGUAUGGCCGCGAUGGUGUUCGACAAGGAAUCUUUCGACUUGAAAGAGUUCGCGCGGUUCGUGAAGCAGCAGCUGCCGUCGUAUGCCAUGCCGCUGAUUAUCCGGAAACUCGAGACGAUGUCGGUCACGGGCACGAUGAAGCAGGAGAAGGCCAAACUGCGCAAGGAAGGCAUGGACCCGUCCAAGAUUGCGGACCGGCUGUGGGUCUUCAACCGAUCCAAGGACAUCUAUGAACCGCUAACGAGCGAGACGUACCACCACGUGGUCACGAACUCCCGUCUGUGAUGGGGCUCAUAUAACCUUCCUCAAAAUG